ACUUCUCGUCCCAAAGGCCCCAUCACACAUUCUCCCCCUCUUGUAGUGAGGCAAGGAGAUAACCAAACUCCAUAGUCCAUACAUUUGUUUCUCUAAUCUUCCAUUUUGAAACAAAAUACACAGAGAAAUCUGUUCACAAAGUUUGUGUCUUUUUUAUCUGAUCUUGAUUCUUGGUCCAUAUUUUUGAGCAAAUAUGGCAAGUGAGAAGUUUAAGAUUAGCAUAAAGGAGUCAACAAUGGUGAAGCCAGCAAAACCCACACCAGCCAAGAGGCUGUGGAACUCAAACUUGGAUUUGAUUGUGGGGAGGAUCCAUUUGUUGACUGUGUACUUUUACAGGCCAAAUGGGUCCCCAAAUUUCUUUGAUUCCAAGGUUAUGAAGGAGGCUCUGAGCAAUGUUUUGGUCUCAUUUUACCCCAUGGCUGGGAGGCUGGCUAGGGAUGGGGAAGGGAGGAUUGAGAUUGACUGUAAUGAAGAAGGGGUUUUGUUUGUUGAGGCUGAGAGUGAUGCUUGUGUUGAUGAUUUUGGGGACUUUACUCCUAGCUUGGAGCUCAGGAAGUUCAUCCCCACUGUUGAUACUUCUGGGGAUAUCUCCUCUUUCCCACUCAUCAUUUUCCAGGUAACCCGUUUCAAGUGUGGUGGAGUGUGUCUUGGAACCGGGGUGUUCCAUACACUUUCUGAUGGUGUCUCGUCCCUUCAUUUCAUCAAUACAUGGUCAGACAUGGCUCGAGGCCUCUCGGUUGCUAUCCCGCCAUUCAUAGACCGUACUCUUCUCCGUGCUAGGGACCCUCCGACCCCAGCGUUCGAGCACAGCGAGUACGACCAACCUCCCAAGCUAAAAUCGGUGCCAGAAUCGAAACGAGGUAGCAGUGCCAGUACAACCAUGCUCAAAAUCACGCCCGAACAGCUCGCACUCCUCAAAACGAAGUCCAAGCACGAGGGGAGCACGUACGAGAUCCUGGCAGCACACAUAUGGCGCUGCGCCUGCAAGGCCCGGGGGCUCACUGAUGAUCAAUCCACCAAACUAUACGUUGCCACUGAUGGUCGGUCCAGGCUGUGCCCGCCCCUCCCGCCAGGCUACUUGGGCAACGUGGUGUUCACCGCCACGCCAAUGGCGGAGUCAGGGGAGCUCCAAUCCGAGCCACUGACGAACUCCGCCAAGAGAAUCCACUCGGCCCUCUCGAGAAUGGACGACGAGUACCUAAGAUCAGCCCUCGACUUCCUGGAAUGCCAACCAGAUCUCUCGAAACUCAUCCGAGGCUCAAACUACUUUGCUAGCCCCAACCUUAACAUCAACAGCUGGACUAGGUUGCCCGUGCACGAAUCCGAUUUCGGGUGGGGAAGGCCUAUCCACAUGGGACCUGCCUGCAUUCUGUAUGAAGGCACAGUCUACAUUCUCCCCAGCCCAAACAAGGAUAGGACACUAUCCUUGGCUGUCUGCUUGGAUGCUGAACACAUGCCACUCUUCAAGGAGUUCUUGUAUGAUUUCUGAAAGGAGCCAUGAAAACUUGAGGCAAUGGUUUUUACUAGUGUGACUGAACCAAUUCUGGGUUUGACUGCAAUUCUGGAAUGAGGCUUGGUGUAAUAUUUUCCCCUUCCCUAAAAAUUGUAGCUUUCCAAAUCUCAAUCCACCCUUUUGCAAUAAUACGUGUUCUUCCUAGUUGCUUUUUGAAAA